AGUGGGAGGUGUCCCUGCCCAUGGCAGGGAUGGGACUGGAUGAGCUUUAAGGUCCCUUCCGACGCCCCUGCCAUGGGCAGGGGUACCUUCCCAUAGACCGGGUUACACAGUGAUUACAGCAGAUCGAACUUUACAAUUGUAAAACUGUUUAAAAUUUUCUGUAAACAGUUUUAUGUGCUAUUUAUAAGUAUACUUACAGUUUAUUACAGUUAUCUGCUGCUAUUUUGACAAACAGCUGCUUUCACUGUGGAAAUGAGCGAAUAUCAGUUGCAUCACAUAUUAUGAAACAUUUCUCACUCAGCCAGUCUUAUGACUUGCCAAAAUUAAUUUUCUUGUUCCUUAACCCUCCCCAUGCUGCUUGUGCAGCUGCCACCUGGGUCAGCUGGGGGCUGGAGAACUAAUUCACUGUGUUUGCAAUUCCUAUUGUUUUCUUCAGCACACCAGACCUUAAUAACCACUGACUCAGUGGUAGUGUGAGGAACAAAAGAACUACUUAGAGUUCAUUAAUAUCUCCAGUUCAAAUCAGAACAAUUCUUUUUGGUUUUGGCACCAUGUUAAAACAAAAAGGAAACGUCUGGACUUAUAGAUUUGGGACUACAGCUGAGUUUUGGACAUCUAGCCUUGGGAAGGAAGGGCUGAAUUUGUUUUAGGGGCACUAAGUCUUUACAGAGUGUGCAGAAAGAUUUUGGCAGUAAUGGGGCAGGCGAAACAGGCAGCAGAACGUGUUCAGUAGGGAAAUGGCCAAAGUCAACACCUUUAAACCAAAGCUGCCUAAACCCCGAGUACAGGACAGAAAGUGCCUUUUUCUACCUACUAUUAUCACACUGGGUUCCCAUCUCUCUGGUGGAGGAGCUGUGACUGCUGCCAGCAUCUUUCCAGAGGGAUGUUGUCCACAUAUUUACUCUCCUUACUUAAUGGGAGUAGGGAAAAAAUUGGAGAAAAAUUAUUUAGGACAAAGCUAUUUAGGUCCAUAAGUUCACAGGAAGAAGGGGUAUUAUUCUGAUUUUUAAAAAGGAUAAAAUAAGUAAGAACAAAGCUUUAAAAUAAAUCUGUUGCGUGAUAGGUUUCUGUCUGAGGCCUGUUUUGUGACUGGAGCUUGUAUCUGGAGAACUUUCUCUCUUUUUUGCUUUAGGAGCUUGACUCUUCAUUUGAGAGCACCAGCUGGCUCAUGCUGGUUGUGUUUUCUUUUUUAUUUUCUAGAAGAAAUCUAGCCAGAAAAAGGAGAUUUUAUAUUUUGGAAUGGUGAGAGGCCACAAAAUCUGAAAGCAAAAAUUUACCAUUUAAUUUUUUUUUUCUAGAGGAAUGAUUUUGUCCAAGUGUUCCUGUAAUUCACUGCAGGUUUGAAAGGAAUGCUGCUCAGGAUUCAUGGCUAAUGCUCGGUGCUGAUUGUUACUAUGCACUUACCCCGUGGAUCUGAACUUGAGCUUUGAAGGUGUUGCCUUGAUCCAGUGGCUGAGUUGUGAUUUUAUCCCCCUGUUGUGGGAGGUGAACGAGGUGUGAGCUGAACUGUGACAGCCCUCCAUACGUCCCCUGUGCUGUAAGUAAUCCUGUCCCUCUCCCUGUGAAAUUCAACUUGUUUGCUGUUGUUUUUUUCUUGCAGUGUUGCCCCGUGGGGACUGUCCCUUCAGACAGCUCUGGGAGCCACAAAAAGGGGUGGAUGGAGUUGAGCCAGAGUUACAACAGCUCUGCUUUGGACUAUUCAGAAGAUACCUUUGAGUCCGUCAGUGAGGAGGAGGAGAUCAAACCAUCUGGCUCCUGCUGUCCCACAGAGGAUUUGGAGGGCUCAGAUGUGUUGGAAAGCACAUCAUGGUUGGCAGGCCAAAGUCAUGCAGAGGAGCAAUCUGAAGGAGUGGAUUCUGCAGCUCUGGAAAGAGUUGCCAUAGGAAAAUGGAUUGAUGCCAUGAGAAGAUGGAGAGAUCUAAAAAAUAAAGAAGCUGAGGUUAAACAGGACAACUCUGUCAGGAAAACUCAUGGUGAAAUUCCGGAAUUAUUUGAUGGAGAACUGGAUACUCUCAGGUCUUUUUGCACCAGGAAGAUAAAUGGGAUGAACCAGCAGCUGAGCCCUGAGCAGGGAAACAUGGGCAAGGCAAGGAAGCUGCAGGAUGGAGUCCCAGCAGUGAAAACUGGGACAAGAGAUGGGAACUGCAUUGUUCCUGGUCAGCUGAUGAACAGAAUCCUCCUGGAAAACACCAGAGAGACUGUUAAGCAGGUGACAGAAGCUCAAAUCCACGAGGCUUCAUCAUGCCCUGACUGCCAGAAGAAGGAGGCAGAGCUGGCCAGGAUUGCCUUUGUCAGGAAAAAAAAGGCUCUGAUGGAAAGUGCUUUAAUCCAAGAAAAACUGGAAGAACAAAUUUACUCCAGAAACAUGCUCACACUUCUAGGAGAAACCCUCAGAAGCUUUCCCAAACCUUCAGAGGAUCCCAGGGCCUUGUGGCAAAGGCUGAAAGAAGGAAAGGCACAGCAGCACCAGGGCAGUGAGCUGGAAUCCAAUUUGUCCAGGAGACCAGCUGAGCCUGAGCGACUAAUGCCCAAAAAGUGCUUACCUGGCAGAACGCAAAUCCUUAAUCAUACGUGGAAAAGGAGAAUCCAGCUGGUGCCUUCUGUCCUACACAUUCCUGUCACACUCAUCCCUCUGUUUGCUCACUAAAUUUGACACAAUGCUCAAGGUACCAGAACCACAAACCCUUUCCCUUCCCCUCCUCCUCAAAGCCACCUCAGAAGCUGGAAUGGCUUUUCCUCUCCUAUCUUUGCUGCUCCUCUUCAUCCUCUCCCUUAUCUCUGCUCCCUCUAGUGUGCCCGUGCAGAUGCUGGUUUGCUCUCCUGCUCUAGGCAGGGACAACGAGGAUUAAAUUUGGGAUUUAUUAUCCCUGCAUUUUACAUAAGGUGGGAAUGACAUCAGCCUGCCUUGGAAGAGAAAAUAAUUCAGAGUCUCUGCAACCUUCAGUUCACCUCCUUGUGCCAUCACAGCCUCCACCUGCCACUGACCUGUAGGCCAACUCCAAAUUCAGUUGGCUUUCCAAUCCACACUUUUAUCUUUUUGAUUUCAUUCUCAGUUCAUGGUUUGGGGAUUUCUUUCACAACCUUAAAAUUUCUUUCUAAUUCAGGAAGCAGGAAAUUUAGUAGGAUAUAACACCUGGGGUUAGAGCCUGGGGUUUUGGUAACACUGCAACAACAUCCACUGCACCUAAAUAUUGUGCUCUAAUUCACUUUUGACUCUUUGAUUCAGUCUAGAUUUGUUUAAUUUGUUUAAGUCUACCAAAGCUUUUGUAGCCAUGAGAUGUGCUGUCCUGCCUAUUGGCUGAAAAUCAGAAAAUAUGGAAGGGGACUGGAGAUCUGUGUCUUGGAAUCACUAGAUCACUGCAGGAAGAAUGUGCAAUAAAAAUGGGGACUCAUGAGAUCUUUCCAGAGUUGUUGCUGAAAUUUAACUGUUUAAGGUGCUCUAAACCUGUGUGUUGUACAAUAUUUAUAUUCCAUGUGCAUGGGAUUAUCCAGAAAAGAUCUUUAGGAUUAUCAAGUCCACCCAUCAAUCAGCACCACUACCAUGGUCACCACUAAGCCAUGUCCUCAAGUGCCACAUCCCUGUGUUUUCUGCACAUUUCCAGGGAUGGUGAG